AUGGGCACGANGGCUGUGGUUCCAGAAUUAUCAUUAAAAAAGACUACUGUGGUUCCAGAAUUAUCAUUAGUAAAGGAUGUGGUUCCAGAAUUAUCAUUAGUAAAGGCUGUGGUUCCAGAAUUGUCAUUAUAAAAGACUACUGUGGUUCCAGAAUUAUCAUUAGUAAAGGCUGUGGUUCCAGAAUUGUCAUUAGAAAAGACUGUGGUUCCAGAAUUAUUAUUAGAAAAGGCUGUGGUUCCAGAAUUAAUCAGAAUAAUUCUGGAAGUAUCUAGAGUCGAAAAAUAUAUCCACAAUAUCCAGAAUUAUUAUAAACAAAAUAUUCAGGUAGUCCCCNCAUUAGAAAAGGAUGUGGUUCCAGAAUUAUCAUUAGUAAAGGCUGUGGUUCCAGAAUUAUCAUUAGAAAAGAGUACUGUGGUUCCAGAAUUAUUAUUAGAAAAGACUACUGUGGUUCCAGAAUUAUCAUUAGAAAAGACUACUGUGGUUCCAGAAUUAUCAUUAGAAAAGGCUGUGGUUCCAGAAUUAUCAUUAGAAAAGGCUGUGGUUCUAGAAUUAUCAUUAGAAAUGGCUGUGGUUCUAGAAUUAUCAUUAGUAAAGGCUGUAGUUCCAGAAUUAUCAUUAGAAAAGGCUGUAGUUCCAGAAUUAUUAUUAGAAAAGGCUGUGGUUCCAUAAUUAAUCAGAGUCGAACAAACUAUCCAAAACAUCUGGAAUUUCACAAUUACCAUUUAAAAACGUUUCUCGA